AGGGGAACACUUGCAGAAGCUGCAGCCUGCUCACUUCACUUUGGAGAUUUACUCUGCCUCUCUGCAAACCUUCACCAUGGUCGACGCCUUCUGUGCCACUUGGAAACUGGUCGACAGUGAGAACUUUGAUGAGUACAUGAAAGCUCUCGGUGUGGGUUUCGCCACCCGACAGGUUGGAAAUGUCACCAAGCCCACUGUGAUCAUCAGCCAGGAGGGCGACAAGGUGGUGGUCCGCACCCAGAGCACCUUCAAAAACACAGAGAUCUCCUUCAAGCUGGGAGAGGAGUUUGAUGAAACCACCGCUGAUGACAGGAACUGCAAAUCCACAGUGACGAUGGACGGAGACAAGCUGGUCCACGUCCAGAAGUGGGACGGCAAAGAGACCAAGUUCGUCAGAGAGAUCAAGGAUGGCAAAAUGGUCAUGAAUCUGACCUUUGAAGACAUCCAUGCGGUGCGUAGCUACGAGAAGGCAUGAGAGCUCUGACUGACGGCGUCCCAAAACCCGGCCAAGAAGUGUUGAUUUUUAUAAUUAUUAUUUGACUGUAUGCUUCUCUUUGCACUUCAUCAUCCUCCACAUGUGCGCCCCCUGCAGGCUGCACAUGCUUUGUAAGAAUUCUUUUUUUUUUUUUUUACAUGAUAAGCAUUUCUGUCGCGAUGGAUGGAUCAUCUUUGAUACUUCGGGUGAGAACAUGAAAUAAAAAUAAAAAACACAGAGUAAAUA